AUGGCGAUGCUCCUGUCGAGAGCCCUACGCUCGGGGCACUUGACCUCCUACUCCGCGGUUGGAAACUUCUCGCACUUCUCCUUGCGUCAGCGUUACACGCAGAUGCUGAAGGCCCAGACCGAUCCCACGCUGGCGGACUUCUUCUUUGAGAGCUACCUCCGCGCAUUCUUUGCGGAUCCGCCCUCCUACAACUACUGGUUCAUCAGCAUCGCGGCCUUCGGCGCGUGCAUCGGCAUCCUGUCUCGCCAGAUCUUCUUCAACCCGGAUGUGAUGUUCCGCUAUCAGGAGAAGCGAAAGCCUCUGCCUGACCGCCACAGGCAGUGGACCUAUUCCCUGCCUUUCUUCAACCACCGCCUGCGCAACAUGUGCUGCAAGUACAAGGCCUGCAUGAUUGACAACGAGCCGGACUGGGCCGACUAUCACCCCCUGGGCUACCGCCCAAACCGGAAGCAGUGCCACAGGCGCCCGUGGUUGUGGAUCCUGACCAUCCCUCGCUACACCAUCGAGGACCCCUUGUACACCUCCGUCACGCAUGAGAACAUGAACCGAAUCUACGAGGAGGUGGGCUACGUGAAGCCAGCCAAGACCGAGGAGGAAUGA